GAGCGGUCCGAGGUUUUUGAAGAUUUUUCCGGCUACGUGCUCUGUUUUUGGUGAGAACCAUAUUUAAUAGUUACUGAAGAGAUGGGUGUGGACGACUGUGGUGUGUGUGGCAAGGAAGUGACCGACAGUGGUGUAUGUUGCGAGAGGUGUGAGGUGUGGUCUCACCAGCCAUGUGUAAACAUGAAGACCUCGCGGCUUCUGGAACACACCCUGAUCGUGUUCCUUUGCACGGUGUGCCUGGACACCAGCAGGAAAGAAUGGCGGAGUGAAAAGCACGACAAGACGGUUCAGACGGAACCCAGCGUGGAGGAAAAGGCUGUUCAGACAACGGUCGUGCAAGCCGCCCCAGCGAGUGAGCCUGCCCCCAAGAUCGGCGUGGCGGACAGGGCAGUCCAGGCUGCCCUGUCUCCCAGGGCCGGACUUGAGCGGCGGGACCUAGAGGACAGGAGUAUCCAGACCGAAGAAGCCCGGAGGAAGAAGACAGUGAAGAUGGAAGUGAAGAAGACUCCAAUCCGCAUUAUAGGCGACAGCAUGGUUAAGAAUGUCCACGUGCAUGUGAAGUGCAAGUUGGAAGGAAGUGGCAUCACCAGCAUGAGUGGUGCACAGAUACCGAACAUCAGAAAGAAAGUACAGGAAGAAGCUGCUGGAAUGAAGGAUGGCCUCCUGAUCAUACAGGGCGGUGGGAAUGGCCUGCAGUAUGUGGGUCAGGAGGACACCAUCAAGGAAGUCAUAGACUCUGUGAAGGCAGCAGAAGGACGAGGCAUGAAAGUGGCAGUAGUGGGCAUCAUGAGAAGACCGAAGGCAGGACCCGACUAUGAGAAGAUGCGACGGACGACUAACAGGAAGAUCCAGGAAGAGGUGAUGAAGCUGAAGAUGGAGUGGUUGCAGGAGAAGAAAGGCGACGUCAGCUUCAUCGACCUGGACAAGGCACUGGAGAAGGACGCGGUGUUUGCUGUGGACGGUGUCCACCUCAACGAAGAGGGGACGAGACGGAUGGGACAGCGGCUGUGUGAGUGGGUGAAAAUGAAGUCCCUCCGUCCGGUAGAGGCUGUUUGAAUGGGCCCGAGUGCCCUAGUGCGGAGAAGUGAAGACACCAACCAGGCGAGUGAAUGCAUGAAAAUUGGAUGUUUGAAUGUGAGAGGCUGGGGGGUGGGGAAGUAUGAGGACGUGUGCAAGGAGCUGGAUGAAUGGAAGUAUGAUGUGGUAGGUCUGACUGAAACACACCUUAGAGGUAGGGUACAGUCUGAGGAGAGUGAGUAUGUGAUGUUAGGAAAGGGCCGCGAGAAACAGACGAUGAUGGGAGGAGGCGUAGCCUUUCUCCACCGAAAGCACUUGAAGAUGGAAGAGUUGGAUGUAGGAAACAGUGCUGGCAGUGAGGAUGUUUUGGCUGUGAGAGUGGAAUGCAAGGAUAGGAAGGGCAGACCAGAGAGAGUAGUAAUGGUUGUUGUGUACAUGACUGUGGAGGGUGAAAGGGCAGUUAGGGAGAACAGGGUGAAGUACAACACCAUUAGAAAAAUUGUAAGGGAGCAUGCAGGAGAGAGAGUGAUUAUUUUAGGUGACAUGAACGCACACACGGGUAUGCUAGGUGAACGCAUGAACAGGAAUGGGGAAAUGUUAGCCGAGUUUGCAAGUGAUAUGGAUCUGGAGAACCUGAAUGAAACUAUGGCAGAGGGACGGGUGACCUGGAGUGCGAGAGACCAGGAGUCAGCGAUUGACUAUAUGUUGGUAAAUGGAAGAAUGCG